AUGGCAACGUGCGCUUUGAUUUACCCCAUCAGUAGAGUGAUACUGUUCCUGCCGCUGCUCUUUAAACCUGUACACGCCGGAUCCUACGCCCCGAACACAGAGCGGUCUCGGUUUACAGACUCCACCGAGUUGCCAGUGAACUCUCUCCCUGGACUGGCUCAGAGCACAAGUUGGGAGGAGGUGAGUGUUCCGGACGGGCACAGGAGGACGCACAGCCCCGGUACGGACUCGCUCUUCACUUCGGGCCGGGACCCCUCUGAUCGGCACCAGUCACCUUCUGAACCCAAUGGCGGACCUAGGACUAGAGAACUGCCAAACAGUAGCAUUAUGUCUGAAAGCUGGAUACAAGAUUCUGAGAAUAACAUUGCAUAUAUUUCCACUACCAGAGAACUAGAACUGCAGAUGUCAACCAAUAGCACAGUUUUGGAAAAAAGUGAAAUGUCCACUUCCUUUGCACCAGUUACAAAGAACUCACAAAGUUACCUACCUACAAUGACUUCAAGUUCAGAAUCCAAAAAAAACAUUGUAAGUGACUCUGAGUCAUCAAAUCUUUUCAUUUCUGCAAGUGAUUAUAUAUCUGAAAAUUUGGUUGAUUCUGAAAGUCUUUCUUUUGCAUCAACUCUUGAGACAUUGAGUGAAGAUGGAAAAGUUAGAAGAUGGUUUCAUGGCACAGCAUCAGCAGGGACAGGCAAUCUUAAAAGAUCUUUGAAUACUUCACCUGACGUUUCUGAAGGGGCUUCAAAUAUAGGAUUAAAUGAUGUAACAGUGCCUCUAAAUACUGUGUCAAAUGGAACCAGUAGGUCCUUAAGUGGUGAACAGAGCAAUUCAGAAAGGUCUUCCAGCAUUUCAUCAACUGAUUCUAAAAUGCUCAGUACUUUACCAAGCGUUUCUGACAGAUCAUUAAAUAAUGGUAUAAGAGCUUCACCGAUUGAAUUUGAAGGAUUAAGUUCUUCACAGAAAGAUUUUAAAAGAUUGUUAAAUAAUUUAUCAAAUAAUUUUGAAGAGAGAAGUACUUUAACAGAUAUAAAGAGAUCUUUAAGUACUAUACCAAAUGACUCUGAAAGAUCAAAUAGUAUAACUGAGUUUAAAAGAUCUUUAAGUACUUCACCAAAUAAUCUUGAGAGAUUAAGUUCUUCACUGUAUGAUUUGAAACAAUCGUUAAGUACUCGUCUGAAUGAUCCUGAAAGAUUAAGUACUUCACUGGAUUAUUUUAGGCAACCUUUAAGUAGUUCAGCAACUGAUCCGGAACGAUUAAGUAGUUCACUGGAUGGUUUUAAGCGAUCAUUAAGUACUUCACCAAAUAAUGUUGAAAGAUUACGUACAGCAUUGAAUCAUUUUAAGCAUUCUUUAACCAUCUCACCAACUGAUCCUGAGAAAUUAAGUACUUCAUGGAAUGAUUUUAAGAGAUCAGUAAGUACUUCACCAAAUGACUUUGAAAGUUUAAGUACAUCACUGAAUGAUUUUAAACAAUCUUUAACCAGUUCACCAGCUGAUCCUGAAAGUUUAAGUACUUCACUGAAUGAUUUUAAGCAAUCUUUAAGUAGUUCAUCAAUAGAUCCUGAAAGAUUAAGCACUUCACUGAAUGAUUUUAAGCGAUCUUUAAGUAGUUCAUCAAUAGAUCCUGAAAGAUUAAGCACUUCACUGAAUGACUUUAAGCGAUCAUUAAGUACUUCACCAAAUUAUUUUGAAAGAUUAAGUACAUCACUAAAUGAUUUUGAAAGAAUAAAUACAUCACUGAAUGAUUUUAAACAAUCAUUAAGUAGUUCAUCAACAGAUCCUGAAAGAUUAAGUACCUCACUGGAUGGUAUUAAGCAAACAUUAAUUAAUACACCAAAUAAUCCUGAAAGAUUAAGUACAUCACAGAAUAAUUUUAAGCGAUCUUUAAGUUCUUCACCUAUUGAUCCUGACAGAUUAAGUGUCACAUUAACUGAUUUUAAGAGAUCUGAAAGGUCUUCAAGUGCUUCAACAAAUGUUUUUGAAAGUUCUUCAAGUGCUUCCUCAAAUACUUCAUUGAAUAUUUCUGAAACUGCUUUUACACGUGCUCAAGAUGAUUCUGAGAGGUCUCUAGGCACUUCAACGAAUGGUUUUGAAAGUUCCUCUAACUCUUCAAAUGAUUCUGAACUAUUCAGUACAUUGCAAAAUGUUUCUGAAAAGACCUUAAGUAAUCCACAGAACAAUUCUAAAGGGUCUUUAAGUACUUCAUCAAAUGAUUCUAAAAGGUCCAUAAGUUCUUCACCAAAUGAUGUUGAGAGAUCUUUAAAUACUUCACCAAAUAAUAUUGAGUGGUCCUUAAACAUCUCAGUGAAUGAUUCUGUAAUGUUUUUAAACACUUCAGCAAAUGAUACUGCAAGAUUAAGUGUUUUGCCAAAUGUUUCUGAAGAGUUUUCAAUUAAUACACAAUAUAAUUCUGAAAGAUUUCCAAAUAUGUCUAAAGAUUCUGUAAAUGAUGCACAGGUUGAUUCUGAAAGGUCUUCAAGAACUUCAGGAAAUUAUUUUGAAAGCUCUUCCAACACCUCACCAAAUAAUUCUGGAAGAGCUUUAAGUACUUCAUCAAAUGUUUUUGAAAGGUCUUUACCAAAUACUUCUGUAAGCUCUCCUAGUACUUUAAUGAAUUCUUCUAACAUUUCUGUAAAUUCUACGCUGAAUAAUUCUGGAUAUCCUUUGAAUACUUCAUUGAACAAUCCCAAAAGAUCCUUAGAUACUGCAACAAAUAGUACUGAUGGAACAACUCCACUUUCAACAUCCAUUCCUAUGGAUUUGAAUGAUGUUACCAAUGGUUCAGAUGAAGAAGGAUCAUUUGAUAUAUCUUCCAUACAGCCAACUGAUACUUAUACAAAUGGUUCAAGUUUGACAAGUUUCAUUUCACGUGCUGAAACCAUGACUACCAUCACUGCAACAAGUCAUUUACUUCCCAGAAUCACAGAUAAUUUCUUAAAUACUACACUUCUUUCUACGAUAUACAAUAUCACCAAAUUUAUCACAACAACAUUGUCUUCGAUACAAUCAGAUUCUCAAGGAUUAAUGAAUAAUUCCAGAGAAUUAAAUUAUGACUUUACAACAGCUAAUUCAUCUGAACCAGAUUUAGUUGAAUCAAUAACUAAUAGUGUUGAUAACACUCAUGUUGCAAGAACAACACCAGGCAUAACUCUGAAGAGUGAGCUCCCUGAAAGAAGAUCGGACUCUCCCAAAAUUACAAUCCCCAAGACAACACAUGCACAUGUGUCACUUUCUACCAUAGAAUCAUUCAAAGAAGAAGCCGUAAGUACAUCAUCAACACCGGUUGUUAUAACAUCUAGGUCUAAUACUGGAAGUUAUACUAUGACUUCACAAGUUUCCACUGACAUACCAAAGCCAACAUUAAGUAAUGUUACAGGGAAUGAAUUUGCCACUGUAUGGACUAGUCCAGCUCUUCUUACAAGUCCUUUAACAAGAGACAAAACAACAGCAAUUACCAUUCCUACAAUUAGUGUUAUUAAAACAACUAAACCAAGCAAGACAAGAACUUCAGCUACCAUAAGCACUUUGACCAGCACAAAAACUUCAACUACCACUAAGACCUCAACCAUCUCAAGUAUUCAAACUAGUACAAUGAUACCAACAAGCACAAGGACUUCAGACAUUAGCACAGAUAUUCCAACCACUGCCAUAGCUACUGUGCCAAGUACAGUGCCUCCUACCACUAUAGGUAGACUUACACCUGAGCCAUCAACUAUGAUUCAGGUUACCACAAGAAGUAUAUCUGAAGUCUCCACAGAGAAUGCCUGCAUCUCAAGUCCGUGUCUUAAUGGAGGUACUUGUAUCAAUUACCGUAAUAACAGAAGAAAAUGUCUUUGCCCACCAAGCUGGCAAGGUGUGAACUGCAGCAAAGAUGUGGAUGAAUGCCUUUCAAAUCCAUGUCCAUCUCGUGCAAAAUGUGUUAAUAAUUUGGGCUCUUUCUCCUGCAAGUGUCACCCAGGGUAUUACUUUGAGAAGGGAACAAGGUGCACUUUGGCAAGGACCUUUGCUGGUGUUCUCUACAUAGACAACAAAUCCCGAAUUUCAGAACUUAAGGAGUUGGAAGGAGAUAUUUUAAAAAUACUUAAUGCUUCUCUGUUUCUUCUGAAUGGUUACUACACAUCUGUUGUUACAGAUUUAAGUGAGGCUGAUGCCGGUAUAUCUGUCUUGAACAUGUUUAUACUCUCAUCAACGUGACCAUCCAUGAAGUGUGGAGCAGUGUGCAAAAAUUACAUAGAAGUUGCCAAUAUAACACAGGAACCUGCCAGUUUGUGCAAAUACUAUCGUACAAAGAUAAAAAGUUAUGCAGCUUUAAAGUGCCAGAAUGUGACAAUGCAACCGCAGAAUGUAACGAUUAUAAUGGGAUUGCAGUCUGUCAGUGUAAGGAUGGUUAUUUCAAAUACA